UAUUUCAUGGGUGGAGAUGAAGACCUUGAUGAAGAAGAGGUUUGUCUCGCAGUGGAAACUUCCAAAACUAAAACCAGAAGCAGCAACAAAGCUUACUACUUUAGAUCAGCCUGCCUAUUGGUCUGAAUUGCCAUUAAAACCGGCUGAGAGAAGAUCUGUGGUUCCUGUUCUAUCAUUGAAACAAGAGGAGGAAAAGCUGCAAGCUUCUAUAUUAGCUUCUCCAAUAAAACAGAUUGAGGAGAGUCAUAAAACUGAACCAGAACCAACAACUCUUUGUUUAAAACUAGAGGAGGAGGCAGAAGUUGCAGAAGCUGAGUGUGGCCACGUACCUGAUCAAAUAAAACAAGAAGAAAAUGUUCCUGGAGGGUCAUCUAAAGCUCUUGAAUUGCUCAGCUUAGUGGAACAUCUGAGAGUUGUUAAGGGCCUGCAACAAGUUGUUUUUGAACCAGGAGGAAGCUUGUGUGUGGUUAGAAGAAACAAACAAAUUCUGGAUCAGAAAGCAACUGCAUACAAGCUCAAUUUGCAAGGUUCAUUCACUCUUGAAAAACAAGAUUUGUGGUCAAAUCUUUUUAAAGGGAGAGAGAAUGGUAUGAUAAAAACUAUUUGCAGAGAGAAUGAAGGAGAGUCAGGAGGUAACACGUCCUUUAUCAGGUUCAUAACUGACCAGAACAAGCUGAGAAGAGAUAAACAGGAACUGGUGGUGGUUAAAGAGAAGCCAGAACUGAAGGAUGAGUAUGGGGACCAAACCACACGACCACCUGACCAGAAGGAUGUUAAACUGAGAGUACAUGGUCUCAUGUUGAUGAUCAGGACGUGGGUAGGAUCAUCCUGGAGAGAAGCAUUCAACUGCAAACUCAACAAAGUGGAGAAAUCAUCUGCCUUGGAAGCCACAUGCAGUGAGGAAAGUUCCAAGAUGUUGCUGAGACAUGAAGAAGGACUGCAGAGCUUUGUGUUUCAUCCUGGAGAGACUAGAGAGGUGAUGAUAUAUCUCAUGGCCAGGUCAGGAACUUUGGAGUUAAAUUAUCAAGGUUCUAUCAUCCUACAGAGCUUGGAUUUGAGGACAAAUCCUUUUAAAGGAGGAGGGGAUGGUGUGAUCCUGAUCAGGAUUGGAAUCAAUGGAUUGAAGCCAAUGUAUGGGUCAGCUAUACCACUGAUCAUGGUGCAGUUUAAUGGACAGUAUCAUACUCUUAUUGGCAUGAUCUAUGAGGUUCUGGAUAGAGAGAAGAAAGAACUGUUGGUACUGCCUUGAAACAGCUUGAACAAAGAGGAUUCAACCAACUGAGCUUAACAGGAGCUAUGGAGACCAUUCACCUCGUCCAAAUAUGUAUGGAGAACAAGAAAACAUGUCAGGAAGUUUCUGGAUUGGGCUAUAUUUGGAUCUAGGCGAAAUAAGGCUUUUUCGGUCCAAAAAGAGAGUUGCAGCCAGAAUCUUGAUCCACUUGCUUUCUAGCUGGCCUAACAGGACGUGGAGGAUCUAAAGCUCAUUAGGAGACACUCCAAAUCAAGUUCAAGUCGUGGCCCAUCAUAAACCAAAGAAGAACCAGCUUGUUGGUUUGAUUUAAUUGCAAUGUAAUGGGUUUAGUUUAUUGGGCUUUCAUUUAAUUUAAACCAAAGACAAUUAGGAAUUAGAGUAAACCAGAUUUGGGUAGAUUAGUAUUUAAAAU